AUGGAUCCUCUGAGGAGAAUUGUAAAGACAGCCACAACAAUCUUCGAAUCUAAUCGCAUUACCGCCGCCAAAGCCAAACGCGAGACGAGCAUAUCUCAACCGCUGCAUCGCAACGCCACCGCCCAACUACCUCCAACGUGUCCACGAAAUCAACGGACAUUCCGCGCGCCAACUGGACUUGCUGGACACAUUCGGACCAACUGCAACACCCGGACUGAACCAAACGUUAUCUCUCCUUCGCCUACCAUGCCGUCAACUAACGCUGACCGCCCUCCCCAACCACCAAUAUCAUCUUCCUCCUCCUCCUCCUCCUCAACCGCCUCAACGUCUGUCGCUGUGGCGUCUGCCAUGUCCAUCAACACUACACAAAAUCCAGACACACCAAUACCAUCACCGUCAACAUCAUUAACGAGGACCCGGUCUAUGUCUGUCCACAUUGCGAUCGCACCUUCACCUCACAUAUCGGCCUGGUCGGUCAAUUGCGAAUCCAUCGCACAGAGACUGAUGAAUCAGUGCCUGGAGCACCAACCUACACUCGCCGCAUCCACCUCCACUGCUCAUAUUGCCCUCGCGCAUUUAGUCACCGCAUGGGUCUGUCAGGCCACAUGCGCGUCCACGAAAACCUGCGGUAGACAACCGCGGGCUGUAUCACACCAUCACAUACUCCCUCACCAGCAUCCCACCGCACAUCAACAUCAUCCACCGCGGGCACCCAACUGUCAUCUCCCACGCAAGUGGGAAGUGUGCGACUCGGCGAUUAUCAUGCGGCUCUCUUGCUGCAUUUGUGAUCGGAGUCUGAAACAAGACGGUACACCGAGCGCCGUGGCUCGGAAGGCAACCGACUGA